AUGACAUACUUAACACCUCACCUACCUUUCCCACCUUCGUCAUCAUCCCUUCCUCCUCCCGGUUCUCAUCUCAUCGUAUCAGACACCAUAGCUUCUCCUGGUCAUUUCGCGAUAUACCACCUGGUCUCUUCGGCUUUAGGCAAAGAAAAGAAAAAAGUCAUUUGGGUGGAUUUCAGGAAUGAAGGUAGAUCAAGUUGGGAAUCCAUAUUGAAAAAGCUUGGUACACCAUUACCUCCAACAACCAGUCAAUCUUUCAUACAUAUAGCACCUACUUCUCUUCCAACUUUCAUCCCUACUACGAACAAGAAUUCACCGAGAAUAUUUGACGGGAAUGGAAGUCCUACUUUGAAAGAGACAUACAAUAGCAUCAUAUCACAAUUGACAGAAGGGAAUUUGGUAAUAAUAGAUGGGUUAAGUGAACUGAAUUGGAUGGGUGUAUCUGCAAUGGAAAUUGGCAAAUUCGUCAGAGCUUUAUUGUCCAAAGUCAGAAAUACAAAUUCGAUUCUCGUAUCUACUUUACAUGCAGAUCAUCUUCCACUAUCAUCCACCACGUCUUCCUCGAGAGAUGACGGUGAAAGCGAAUUGCUGGAUAGGUUGUUGAGGGUAGGUAAUGUGUGGUGGAGGAUAUCUCAUUUACCUUCAGGUAGAAGUGGAGAUGUAAUGGGAGAGAUCUCAUCACAUCUUUUAUCCACUCCCCCCGGACUUCCCAACACGAAAUUCCAAAAUGUACCAAGAUCGAAUCCAUUACAAUACAGAAUCGAAUCUUCUACUGUCAGAGUAUUUGCCAAAGGUACAGGAAGAGGAUUCUUGUAA